UCUCCCUGGUGACAGCCAGGACAGCUGAGCUGACCUUCAGCAGGUGGUGAGAGAUGGGCUCUCACUGCAGCACAUGGGCUAGGAACCCCCAAAUUGGCUUUUUUUCCUGCCAGGCAGAAGGGGAAGGCUGGGGAAACCCCGAGGUGCCUCCGUGCUUGGAAGACGAAAAGUGAAGAAAUGACAUAAAUUUUAAAAAGAAAUUAAAAAGAAAAUCAUCCUCAGCAUCCAAAUGACAUGCAUUUAAAUCUUCCAGCUUACCACAGUGUUGUGGCAGAUUUACACAGAGAUUAGAAGUGAUCCCUCCCCAGUGAUCACCAGCUCGUGCGAGCUGUGUAAAUCCAAGUGUGUCCGUACAGCCGCCAGACUUGGCAUCCAAAACAGUUCCGAGUCCACAGAGCCAGCACAAGGGACAUUUCUGCUUUUUUUCCCAACAAAACAGAGCUACUGAAGCCUCUGGAGUGUGGAUUUAGCUGUCAGUCUUAUUUACUACUUUCAGCUGUUAUCUGCUGCUUCUGAAGCUGAGUGUGAAUAACUUACCAGCCUGCGCUGAUAACUUUGCUUUCUGUUUCAGCUCCAGACAGAAAUCCCAGCAAAGCUUUCAUUCCAAUCCACAAGCUGAAAGAUGGCACAGGAGUUAAAGAAGUGAGGCUGAAAUUCCUGAGGCUCUCCUAAAGGUUUUUCCAAGAAUUUAAAAAAGCCUCUUAAAAACGGCGGCGGAGAUCGAACGCUGUUAAGGGAGGGGAAAAGGAAAAAAAAAAAAAAAAAAAGAAAGGAAGAAAAAACUUUGGCAGGCAAACAGUGUCUUACAUCAAUCUAGCAGUCAGCAUCUAUGUAGAUGUUCUUUCCUCCUUUUGUGCAACACCCCUUCCCUCCUACAGACCACCCAAAGCCCUAUAAAUAAUCCAAGGACUGUAUUUUUCCUCCAGAUUUCUCUUCAGACCUCAAAGGAAAAUUAUCAGGCAAAGGAAGGGAGAGAGGGAGAAGGGAAAGUGAGGAGGGGAGAGAGAGAGCAAGAGGAAAGAUGGCUAGUGAAUUCAGAAAGAAAAUCUUCUGGAGGGCAGUGGUGGCCGAGUUCCUGGCCAUGAGCCUUUUUAUUUUUAUCAGCAUUGGCUCGGCUCUGGGCUUCAACUUCCCCGUGGUGGCCAACAAAACAUCGACGAGGUCUCAGGACAACGUGAAGGUGUCUCUGGCUUUUGGGUUAUCCAUUGCUACCAUGGCACAGAGCGUGGGCCACAUCAGUGGGGCUCACCUGAACCCUGCUGUCACCCUGGGGCUGCUGCUCAGCUGCCAGAUCAGCAUCUUCAAGGCGCUCAUGUACAUCCUUGCCCAGUGCCUGGGGGCAGUGGUGGCCACAGCCAUCCUCUCAGGAAUCACCUCCUCUCUCCCAGGAAACUCCCUGGGGCUUAAUGCUCUUUCAGAGGGAAUCAAUGCAGGCCAAGGGCUGGGAAUUGAGAUCAUUGCCACCUUCCAGCUGGUGCUGUGUGUCCUGGCCACCACAGACCGGAGAAGGAACGACGUCUCGGGGUCGGCGCCUUUGGCCAUUGGUCUCUCCGUUGCCUUGGGACAUCUUCUGGCUAUUGAUUACACCGGCUGUGGGAUUAACCCAGCCAGAUCCUUCGGCUCAGCGCUCAUCGCCAACAACUUUGAGAAUCACUGGAUUUUCUGGGUUGGCCCAAUCAUUGGAGGAGCAAGUGCUGCCCUGAUUUACGACUUCAUCCUGGCGCCCAGAACCAGCGACCUCACCGACCGCAUGAAGGUGUGGACCAGUGGCCAAGUAGAAGAGUAUGACCUGGAAGGGGAUGAUAUGAACUCCCGGGUUGAAAUGAAGCCAAAAUAAAGAAGGGCAUGGAGAGAGGGGGGAGGAAAAAAAAAAAAGAAGGCAAAAAAAAAAAAAGCAGCACAUUGGUUUCCGAAGAUUUUAUCAGUGUUAUAGACUCUUUGUAAACCAGCAAGCAGUACUUUGGUUUUUUAAUUCAAUAGUUUUCCUUUUUUUUUUUUCGCCCCAAGUCCUAAUAGCGUUUUUUUAUAUCUGGGGUUUUUUAAUUACAGAGUCUUUAUGUUGAGAAGUCAUGACCUAAAUAAAUUGUUUAACCCAUCCCUUGGUACCACCCAAUUUUGAGGUGUAUUAGUGUGGGGGAUUCUCCUGCCACAUCACUCAGUAAUGAUAAGUAGUUCCAAUGACCAGUUGUUUUCCUGAAAGAAUACUGAGGAAUUGAGGACAGAGAACCAUCUGUACCAAUACAGAGGCCUUACACCUGAAAAAACAGUAUUUAUACAAAAAUGCAAGGCUGGCAUCUAGUGCCAGCAAUGAAUGGGAAAAAAACCAGUCUCAAAUCAGUGUCCAAAAGCAUCUAGUGGAAGGAAAGGUUACUAAAGAUUAGUUGUUAUGUGAAAUUACCCAUAAUUUCCUAAAUGACUGAUCAUCUUUGAGAAAGAGGGACAGAAAAGUUAGGCAGGGUAACAAUUUCCAGAGUCACAGGACCUUUCAGAUUUUUGAGUGUUUCAUUCUCCCUGAACCUGCACCCAGUUGCUUGUGAGGGGAGAAUAUAUGUGACAAAAAACCACAAAACAUAGAUAUAUUAACUCCUGGGAAGUAAUAACUAGAAGUCAAAUUGGAGAGUACAAACAACAACAGCAGCAAGAGCGACGUGGUGCCAACGUGUAAAAAGGAUCUGAUGGUUCCUGUGACUACUCUGGGUAAUUUAUCUUGUGAUUUAAAGCAAAAUAAGGAGAGAAGAAAGUUUCCUUUCUCUCUGACCCCAUUCCAAUAGCCAGCGCUGUGACAUUCAGGGACCACAAACAGAUGUGCACACGGUAUAUUUUCUAAUGAGGG